AUGUCUGCCGAGGGCCCCUUGUAUCUUGGGUUCGACCUGUCGACGCAGCAGCUCAAAGCCAUCGUUGUCCAAUCCGACCUCACCGUCGUCGCCGAGGUCAAGGUCGAUUUUGACGCCGACUUUGGCUCCAAGUACAACAUCACAAAAGGCGUCCUCACCAACGACGCCGAACAUGAGGUCUUUGCCCCCGUAGCCCUCUUCCUCGAGGCCCUCGACCUAGCCCUCGACCGCCUGCGCGAGACGAGCCGCGACAGCGUGGCCCGCAUCAAGGGCAUCUCCGGUUCCUGCCAGCAGCACGGCAGCACGUACUGGUCCGCCGAGGCCGAGGCCCUGCUCGCCAACCUCGACCCCGCCAAGGCCCUCGUCGACCAGCUCGCCGAUGCCUUCUCCCACCCCUACGCUCCCAACUGGCAGGAUGGCAGCACCCAGGCCCAGUGUGACCGCUUCGACGAGCACCUCGGCGACGCCCAGCGUCUGGCCCACGUCACUGGCAGCGCCGCCCACCACCGCUUCACUGGCACCCAGAUCAUGCGCCUCCGCGAGAAGCGGCCCGCCAUGUACGCCGCCACCGCCCGCAUAUCGCUCAUCUCCUCCUUCCUCGCCUCCCUGCUCCUGGGCCGCAUCGCCCCCUUCGACAUCAGCGACAUUACGGGCAUGAACCUCUGGGACAUUCCCUCGGCUGCCUGGUCCGACGAGCUCGUCUCCCUCGCCGCCGGCGGUGGUGGGGACAAGGCUGCCGCCCUGCGCGCGAAGCUCGGCGAACCUGAACACGACGGCGGCGCCUCUCUCGGCACCAUCGCCCCCUACUUCCAGCGCCGCCACGGCUUCGCCGCCGACUGCCACAUUACGCCCUUCACCGGCGACAACCCAGCCACCAUCCUCGCCCUGCCGCUGCGGCCCAUGGACGCCAUCGUCUCCCUCGGCACCAGCAGCACCUUUCUCAUGAUCACGCCCAUCUACAAGCCCGACGCCAGCUACCACUUCAUGAACCACCCGACGACCCCCGGCCAGUACAUGUUCAUGCUGUGCUACAAGAACGGUGGUCUCGCGCGUGAGCAGAUCCGCGACCGCGUCGGCAACGACGACAAGGACCCCUGGGCCGCCUUCAACGAGGCCGUCACGUCGACACCCGUCCUCGGUGCCGCCUCGGACAAGGACGACAGGAAGCUCGGUCUCUACUUCCCCCGCCCGGAAAUCGUGCCCAACAUCCGCGCCGGCACCUACCGACACACCCUCUCCCCGAGCGGUGCGCUCGCCGAGGCCAAGGAGGAGUGGACCCCCGAGACAGACGCCCGCAUCAUUGUCGAGAGCCAGGCCCUCAGCAUGCGCCUCCGCAGCCGCAACCUCGUCCACGCCCCCAGCGAGGGGCUCCCCGCGCAGCCACGUCGCAUCUACCUCGUCGGCGGCGGCUCGCUAAACCCGGCCAUCGGGCAGGUGCUGGGCGAGGUCCUCGGCGGCGCCGAGGGCGUCUACAGGCUCGACGUCGGCGGCAACGCUUGCGCGCUCGGCGGCGCCUACAAGGCCGUCUGGGCGCGGGAGAGGAAGGAGGGCGAGACGUUUGACGAGCUCAUCGGCGCCAGGUGGAAGGAGGACGAGGCUGUCGAGAGGGUCGACAUCGGGUACAGGAAGGGCGUCUUUGAGAGGUAUGGAGAGGUCGUUGAUCCGUUUGAGGAGAUGGAGAAGAGAAUUCUCCAGGUUGCAAAAAACUGA